AUGUCCACCUCCUCCUUCCCCGACCAACACCACGUUGUUAUUUCCAUUGACGCCCUCAGAUGCAAAGUAUGCUCCAGAAUGUUCCCUGGAACUCCCCAGAAAAUGAAUUGCGGACACUCCCUAUGCCUCCGUUGCUAUGACCGCUUCGCAAUAGAACACGAAUCAUUCCACUGUCCGAUAUGCGGAAAACCCGUCUGGAAUACCUGCACAGCGCCGAAUUUCGAGUUGAAAGGGAUAUUGGAUAGUAUGGAUAAGAUUGCUGGGGAUCAGAGAGGGUUGCUAGAGAAUAAUCUGGAUGUGGCGACAGAGAGGAUGAUAGAGGACAAUAAAUUGAUGGCGAAGCAAGUGGAGAAGCUAGAGAGGGAGAAUGGACAGUUUAGAAGGGAUAAUGAACAACUCCGACGAAAAUACUCUAUUCUGAAAGAGUACAGCUCCUUCCUUGGAUUGCUAUUUGGGUAUGCUGCUAUUGCUGCCGUAUGGUUAGCUGUCGAUCGUUUUAUUUUGUAG